GACAACCCUGCUUUGCAUUGGACGAAAACAAAUUUUUGCAAAAUCGUAAACAAAAACUGUGAGUGGAAAUGGAGCAGGUUUAGGGGUUUCCCACUGGAUCCGCUGACAUCAUGACGACCUGCGUGCUCUGCCUGGCCUGCUCGUCCGCCGGCUACGGACUGCAGUCCGCGGAGGGCGUCCGUCUGAACAUUAGGGCGACCAUAAACAAGCACUUUUCGUUUUCCGAGGUCCUCACGGCGGACAAGGAGGCGGCGAUCUGCCGGGAGUGCUGGGACUGCGUCAGCAGCUUCGAGGAGUUCCACCAGCGCGUCUCAUGCCUGCACCAGCAGAGGAGCAGCGACUCCAAGAGCGAGCCUAUCGAAUUCUGCGGCGCGACGGAGGAUGCCCUCAAUCCGCUGUACUCCGUGGAACUGGACGCCCUGGCCGAGGGUUUCUUCGCGCCCAGUGAGGUCAAAGUGGAGGUGAACGAACUGGAACCUCUGCCCAAAGUGGAGUUGUUGGAGGACCCAGUUAAGACGGAGACCAAAACUCUUCUCAAGCGGUUGGGUGUGAGAACCGAAGGUUCUCCACUUCCGAAGAGGCGCAUCAAAAACGAGCAGCCAGUGGACAGUGAUUCGGACGCACCUCUGGCGGAUUUCCUCUCUCCGGACAUUAAGAGCAACCCCAAUGGAACAGCAAGAGAAGGCGAACCCACCAAGGGCCGCCCGCUGCGAAGGAGCACGAGGCGUGGACGUCCGCCCAAAGCCAAGCCCGAGCCCCGUGCCUCGCCCAAAAAGGAACUGGACUCCGAUGAGGACGACAAAGACGACGACGAUGAGGACGAGGCCAGGGACAACAAUGACACGGAGUUCGUGGCUGCCGAGGCUGUCUUGGGCACCGACGACAGCGCCAGUUCCUCUAGCGAAAGUAGUGGCGAGGACUCCGACAACAGCCUGCCCGACAUUGAGCCCGAGGAGCGGUACGCCGAGAUUCCCAAGCGCGUUGUGGUGAAACCCAAAAAGUACCGAAAGCGGGAGAAACCGCUGGUGCCACCCGUUCGCCUGAGCCGCGAGGAAAUCGAGCGACGAAAGCUCCAACAGAGCGAGUACGAUGAGAUUAUCCUGCAGUUCUUCAAGAAGUUCCCCUGCUCCGUCUGCAAUCUGCUGGUGCAGAACUUUGCGGACAUGCGACGACAUCAGCGCGUCUCGCACAACAUCGAUUCCGGUUUCAUCGAGUGCUGCGGGAAAAAGUUCCACAUACGCAAGGCUUUGGCUGAGCAUGUUCUGGUCCACAAGAAUCCGGAUCACUUCAUGUGCUCGCAGUGCGGCCGGGUGUUCCAGGACUCGCGCACCCUGGAAAUUCACGAGCAGACGCACACGAAUCCGGAGGUCAAGACGGAGCCGAAGGAGAAGCGGGUAUACCAGUGCGAGAAGUGCCCCAAGAGCUUCACCACCAAGGCGGCCAUAGAGUACCACGACGUGUCCAAGCAUGUGCCCAAGUCAGAGUUCAAAUUCUCCUGUCCAGAGUGUAAUAAGAAGAUUCCCACGGAGCGCAAGCUAAAGGAGCACUUGCGCUACAUGCACGACCCCGAAACAGCCAUCAUCUGCGAUAAGUGCGGCAAGACGCUGCGUUCCCAAACGAAUCUCAAGAAGCAUCACGAGCUGGAACACUCCGAGGAGCCGCGGCCCAAGCCCGAUCCCGUCCAGUGCGAGAUCUGCGGCACCUGGCUGCGCCAUUUGUCCGGACUGAAGCAGCACAUGAACACGGUGCACGAGCCGCCGGGCGGCGAGCAUCGCUGUCACAUCUGCAACAAGACAUCCACCAACUCCAGGGCCCUGAAGCGCCACAUCUACCACAAUCAUCUCUGCGAACGCAAGUUCAAGUGCGGGAUGUGCGAGAAGGCCUUCAAGCGGCCGCAGGAUCUGCGGGAACACACAUCCACGCACACCGGCGAGGUGCUCUACACCUGCCCCAACUGUCCCAUGACGUUCUUUUCCAACGCCAACAUGUACAAGCACCGCCAGCGACUCCAUCGAGCCGAAUGGGAGGCGGACCGCAAGAAGCCGCUGCCACCGAACAUCAUGAAGAUAUCGCAGGGCGCCACCACGGCGAUGAAGAAGCGCCAAGCUAGCGGCGCCCUCUUCCCACACCCGGAGCAGAAGCAAUAGCAUUU